AUGGCGGCACCACCUCCGAAACCGAAGGUCCAACCGUGCCGAUACAAAACCGGCAAGACACUCGGCGCUGGAUCGUACUCCGUCGUCAAGGAAUGCGUGCAUAUAGAUACUGGUCGCUACUAUGCGGCCAAGGUCAUCAACAAGCGUUUGAUGUCUGGGCGGGAGCACAUGGUCCGGAACGAGAUCGCUGUCUUGAAGAAGGUGUCUAUGGGCCACCAGAAUAUCCUCACGCUGGUCGACUACUUUGAGACCAUGAACAACCUGUACUUGGUGACUGAUCUCGCCCUGGGCGGGGAACUCUUUGAUCGCAUCUGCCGCAAAGGCAGCUAUUAUGAGUCGGACGCUGCCGAUUUGAUUCGCGCAGUGCUUUCCGCUGUGGCAUAUCUGCAUGACCACGGAAUCGUGCAUCGAGACUUGAAGCCCGAGAAUUUGCUCUUCCGCACACCAGAAGACAAUGCCGAUCUAUUGAUCGCUGAUUUCGGAUUGUCAAGAAUCAUGGACGAGGAGCAGUUCCACGUCCUGACAACAACCUGCGGAACGCCAGGAUACAUGGCCCCGGAGAUCUUCAAAAAAAGCGGCCACGGCAAGCCAGUCGACAUCUGGGCCAUUGGUGUAAUCACCUACUUCCUACUAUGCGGCUACACCCCCUUCGACCGCGACUCAAACCUGGAAGAAAUGCAAGCAAUCCUAGCAGCAGACUACUCCUUCACGCCGCUGGAGUACUGGCGCGGCGUAUCGCAAGAAGCGCGCACCUUCAUCAACCGCUGCCUAACAAUCAACCCCCAAUCGCGAAUGACCGCCCACGAAGCCCUCCAGCACCCAUGGGUCAACCCGCCUUAUGACAACGCCAAGAUCGGCUCGGGCGAGGACCUCCUGCCGACCGUCAAGAAGAACUUCAAUGCGCGGCGCACGCUGCACCGCGCUAUCGAUACCGUGCGUGCUAUCAACAAGCUCCGCGAGGGUGGUGGGUUCAUGAUGGACGGUGUUAUGAGUGUUGAUCCUAAGCCUGAGCGAGUGAAUGGGGACGAGAUUAUUGAGGAGGAGAAGCAUGCUGCGCCGGCGCAGUCGGCUGCGGAUCAUGCUUCUGCUGGGCAGAUAGAUAGUCGGGGCAAUGCUCGUGGGCAGACCGAGGAGCAGAUUCGGGCUCAGGAGCGUAGGGUUAAGGAGAUGGUUGCUGGGUUGUGGAGUCGGACUCCCCGUUAA